AAAAUGUUUUAUGCACAUUUCGUACUCAGCAAAAAAGGCCCCCUGGGAAAACUAUGGUUAGCAGCUCACUGGGAGAAAAAGCUGUCGAAAGCGCACAUUUAUGACAUCGACAUAGAGAAUAGCGUAGACGAUAUUUUGAAUCCUCAAUCGAAGAUGGCCUUAAGAACAUCGGGGCACUUGAUGUUGGGCGUGGUGCGUAUCCACAAUAGGAAGGCGAAAUACUUGCUGGCAGAUUGCAAUGAAGCCUUUGUCAAAAUCAAAAUGGCUUUUAGGCCAGGAGUUGACGAGACUGGUGUGGAUCUUCCCGAGCAAGCUGCCUUCAAUGCGAUAACACUUCCGGAUGUGUUUCAAGACUUUGAUACUUCUCUCGCAGACUUUGGAGACUUCACAAUUCCGACAAAUUUUACAAUGAACCAGAGUAGAUUGGAUGAAAUCACUUUAAAGGAAGACGUUGGGACGAUUCGUCUUCCCACUUUGGAAACCGAUGGUUUUGGAGAUGGAACUUUCGACGACAGAGAAAUUUUGAGGAAUGCAUCUUCAUUCCUCAAUUUGCCUGGUCUCGAGGGAGGAUUGCUACAAAAAGACAAAUCAAUCGAUCCUCUACAGAGUUUGGAUUUUGAGAAGGAUGCCUUCUUGAAUAGCGCUCUUGGGGAUCCUCCAAGUGUAAUGACUGAUGCCUUCGAUCCUCCGAGUGUUAUGCCGCCAAGUGUGAUGAGUUCGGUCAUUGACUCAGUUGCUCCUGUUGAUUCAGUUCAGCCUCCGCGUUUCUCUGAAAAUACAAUGCUGGGAAUAAAUCAGACAAACGACCAAACUACUUUGAUAAACCCCAAUGAAAACGCUUUUAUUCUUGAACCCCUUGAAAUUCAAAACAAGGAUAUCCGCCUGAAGAAGAAGCGCAAGCUUGUAAUCGACGAUAACAUUAAAAUUCAAGCAGCUGUAAUGAAAGCCCAAAUGGAAGACACAGGUGACGUUACCACACAACUGGAUUUGGCACCGCCUUCAAAGAAACUGAUGAUCUGGAAAGAAACCGGUAAUGUCGAGAAGCUGUUCGCAUUGCCUGGCCGCCAAGCUACAUGCACGACUGUGGCAUAUUUCUAUGGAAAGCACUUGAAAGCUGAAGUUCCACUUGAGUACAAGCCAGAUGAAACUCUUGAGCCUAUGCAGAUAGAAGACGAAACUAUAGAACAAAUGAGGGACAGCCGUGCAACUCGAGCUAAAGCACGAGAAUCAAAGCGUCUCGAGGAGAAAUCUUCUAUUGUCGGUAAUGCGAUGGUGUCACCAGCAAUUGCGUUCCAGGAACCACCAACCCCCGCUUUGGUCGACAACGUGAGCUUGAACAUGGAUCCUCCCACUCCUGUUAUUGUUGAUACCAACUUGCAGGACGCGACAAAUCACGAUUUCGCUGUUCCGAGUGUCCAAAAUGACCAUGACUUCCACGAUGACGGAAUCGGGGAUUUUUUCGGAGAUCUCUCACCUGGAUCUCCCGGGUCUGUGGGAGAACCAGGAUCUGUGCCCCCCGAGAACCCUGCUGACGAUGCGAUAUUUCAACAGGAAAUUGAAUCUGAUCACGAGGAUGACGAAACGGCAGAAGAGCAAGAAGACAGAAGGUGGAACAAACGGACACAACAGAUGGUCUCAAUUCUGGGACGACAUCUGCUUUCAAAAGAUUACGUAUCUUUCAAGGCCAUUUCGAAAGCAAACAACAGAAAGACGGCAGCUGCCAAGUUCUACACGCUUUUAGUCCUCAAAAAGCAUUCAGGAGUUGAAGUGGACCAGCUUCAACCAUUCACGGAUAUAAUAAUCUCAAAGGGAUCAGAUUUCCAGAGUUUGGCAAUCAAGUCUUAAAAAAGAAAUUCAACGAUUUUUAUUUUGGAGAACUCAAUGAAUUAAUUGUUCUGAAUUGAUAUUUGUCUUUUAUGCUUUUACUAUUUUCUUUUUACUGUGCAGAUUGUAAUUUGCUUGUUUCUGAAAUUAGCGGCCUUUCCUAUCAUUUGUAUUACUUUGAUAUAUUUCUUUCGAUAUCGUUUUCGCAAGCUUUGACCUGCUUCAAAAUGUUGUUUUACGUCAGUGAGCUUGUGGAGUUUAAUACCUUAACCAUAAUUGUCAAACAGUGUCAUAGUUUCUUAGUAAUUCUUUUUGGCUGUAAGUUUCUUGAUUUUGCAGUGUCCACAAUGUCUGAUUUGAUUUUAGAGUCUGGUGUAAUGCGAUUUAGAGUGUUUAUAUUUUUUAUGUAAUUUCCAUGACGGUGAAUUUACCUCGUCUGUUUG